AUGGAUUGGGAGGAAGAGACAAGAGAUAAUAGUGAUAGCAGUGGUGUGGAAGAGACCAAGAAUGAUUCAGAGGGCACUCUAUCAGAAUUUGAGAAUAGUGAAGAGGAACCGAUGGAUGAUGAUGAUUUUAGCCAAUAUGUUGAUGUCGGAGUAUGUGAUACAUUAGAUGAAGUUAUUUGUAGUUCACAAUUGAUGAGAGUGCAACCAAAUGAAGAGGAGCAAAACAGCAUAGGUGAGGUGAGAGACCAAGACAUUUUAGCCAUGUUAUCUGAUUAUGAAUCUGAGGAGCUUGAUGAAGUUGCUAAUAAUGAAGAAGAGGAUGAAAGAGGGGCUUUAGUAAACAAUCGAACAUACAACCCAUCUGAGAUGUGUAAAAACUUUCAGUUUAAGUUAGGGAUGGAGUUUACUUCUAUUGGUCAGUUUAAAAAUGUUGUAAGAGAGUAUGCUUUGCUCAACGGAUAUGAAUUGAAAUUUAUAAAAAAUGAUAAGGUGAGGUGCCGAGUGAAAUGUGCACAAGAAGAAUGUAAAUGGUUAAUGUUUGUUAGUCAAGUAACAGGUGAAUUGACAUAUCGGUUGAAGACACUCCGUGCUAAACACACAUGUGGGGUAUCCAUAAAAGGGAAGAAUGCCAAUUACAAGUGGAUUUCAGAGAAAAUAGUGAACGUUAUGAAGACAAAUAAAAACAUGAAGUUGGCAGAUGUGAUUGCAUCAUUGAGGAAUCAUUAUAUGGUUGGUGUGUCUGUGUGGAAGGCAUACAUGGCAAGGAAAAGAGCAAAGGCAAUUAUUGAUGGAGAUUACAAGGAGCAAUAUCUUAAGUUAAGGGAUUAUUGCAAUGAAGUGAGAAAAUGUAACCCGGAGGCAACUUUUGCUUUAGUCACUGAUGAACCACAUAUGGAUCGCCCUCCGGUUUUCAAAAGAAUUUAUGAGUGCAUAGGAGCUGUGAAGCGAGGCUUUUUAGCAGGAUGUAGGCCAAUUAUUGGCUUAGACGGAUGUUUUUUGAAGGGUCCAUAUGGAGGAAUACUACUUGUGGCUGUGGGUCGAGAUGGCAAUGACCAAUAUUUUCCAUUAGCUUGGGUUGUGGUUGAGGGAGAGAAUAGAGACUCGUGGACGUGGUUUCUAAACAAUCUAUUUGAUGAUAUUGGUAGCAUGCAAGAAUGA